ACGGGUUACACUAGCACCUCACGUCCCAUACUGGAUUUACCGGACUCCACCUGUCGCGAGCGCUGUGGGUUUUUUUUGUGUCCGUGUCGAAUGAUAACAUUGCGCUGUCACACAGGACGGCACGAGACACAAACAAAAGCGCGAGACCUGUUUUUUUAAGCGAGUGUCGCAGGAAAACAGAACAUUACCGGACAGCUGAAAGAACCGCUGCGGCUCUAAACGCCUGCUGCUUUAUGUUUGGAUAUUCACCGCUUUUUACCCGCGGACAGAGGAAGAAACAACAAGCAUAAUUCCGGUGGAUGGUUUUAUCCGCAGUGCCUCAGCCGACCAGCCAACCGGGGAGCAGAAUGUCAAGACAGCAGCAGCACCGGACGCCGUUAAAAGUCACCGACAGCGUGGUGGAGGUCAAGAGCAAAUUUGAGGCAGAAUACCGUCGCUUCGCUCUGAAGAGGAAUGGCCCAGGUGGCUUCCAGGAGUUCUACCGCCUCCUCCAAACCAUCCAUCGCAUCCCCGGUGUCGAUGUGCUGCUGGGAUACGCCGAUGUCCAUGGAGACCUCCUUCCAAUCAACAAUGACGACAACUUCCACAAAGCAGUCUCGUCAGCCAAUCCUCUGUUGCGCAUUAUCAUAACCAAGAAAGGUAAGACAAAGGAUGAACCUGUCAUUUUUGCCACCAACUCCCUCCAGAGGCGUAAAAAGGGUCUGGGCUUAACCGGACUGCGCACCACUGGCUCAGGCUCCACCCACUCGAAGAACAAACCGGGCCUUAUGAUUGGCCUGCCACAGAACUUCAGACAGAUCUCAUCCAUUAUCGACGUGGACAUACUACCUGAGACACACCGACGUGUACGACUCCACAAGCACGGUACCCACAAACCACUGGGCUUCUACAUCCGUGAUGGGGUGAGCGUACGGGUGACACCACAGGGUGUGGAGAAGGUUCCAGGGGUGUUCAUAUCUCGUCUGGUACGUGGUGGGCUGGCGGAAAGUACAGGGCUGCUGGGAGUGAAUGACGAGAUCCUCGAGGUUAACGGCAUCGAUGUAGCAGGGAAAUCUUUGGAUCAGGUUACAGACAUGAUGGUGGCCAACAGUCACAACCUCAUUGUGACUGUCAAGCCAGCUAACCAGAGGAACAACGUGGUGCAUCGUGGGAGUAAAACCUCAAUGGGCAACUCUGGUUCCGUGGGCUCAGCUGGAUCUACCGGCUCGGCACCAUCACAUGACUCACCAAGCCCUGCCUCUCAGAGCAACCCCAUUACCGCAAGCAACAGCAUUGCAGAGGGCGAUAGUGAUGAUGAAGACGACGAUGGGGACCUCAUUCUGGAGAACGACUGCCUGACGCCCUUUGACUCCCAACGGGUGACCAAUAGUAACAACAGUAACCUCAACAGAGACUCACCAAGCAACAGGCCGCACAACUCCACUGUGGUUAGGCCCCUCCCACAGAGUGUCUCGUUGCCCAAUAGCGUAGGAGCAACCCUGAGUGACACCUCUGUGACGAUGUCAAAUCACAAUGGAAACCCUGCCCACACAUCUAGUAGCAGUCAAGAGAGCAUGAGAGAGGACGGCAACAUAAUAACACUGUAACCACGACAACACUACACUGUAACAGUGUGGACUACAGAAUGUUAUAACCAAGAGUGCUGUAACCAUGACAACUACAGAUGGCUGUGCUCUUUGUCAGCAGCACCUUCUCUUUUGAAGGAUCUUCCUGUUGAUUCACUGAUAGUUUUUCUUUUUAAAGUGGACGGACCGCAGAGAUACAGGAUGUAGGGGCCGGCUAGAUUCCUCCUCCCUGGAUCAUGAGUUUCACAAUUUACAGGCAUAACAACACUGACUCUUUAUAUGUCUGCUACAUCUGGCUGAGGUAACGUAUAGAGCUGAACUGUCAGGUUCUGUACACAAAAAAAAUAUUUAUAUUCACCCUAAGGAAAUGAUUUGAAUGCCAUAAUGUAUUAACUGAUCAGUGUGGGCUUAAAGAGAGCAACAGGAUUGAGAAAUAAUUGCAAAAUGCUCCCGUAUAAGCCAUACGCCAGUUUGAUGUCAACAUAUUUAAGAAACUCAUCUCUAUUCGGAAAUUGCUUUUUCAUAGUACAAAACCUGCAGUUGCAUCAAUCAGAAACAUCACUAACAAGAGUAGCUGACUACAAGACCAUGAAACAAUAAUAUCAUGUAAAACACUGAGGGCUCUAUGUUCUUGGCAGCACAACAACCAGAAAAAGCAGACUAUUUUGUGCACAGGUGGGAGAUUCCUUCAGAUGAGGCAGCACAAAGUGAAUUGUUGGUAUUUUGAUAAAAAAAACAGUCUUUCAGUUUCUCCUUCAGUUCCUGAAAUCCCUGUAACCAUCUGACAGCAGGGGCCAGAUGUAUAAGCAAUGCAAAUGCACAAAACCCACACUGUGAGUUUAUUUAUUUUUUCCAUCAACAAUUUUAAGUAAAACUAACUCACUUUCAUAAGUUAAAUCAACAUCCUUGAUCAAGUAGCUUUAGUAAUAUUGUGGCAUAUAAUAUAAUAUUGUAGUGGUAUUGACUUAAAUAUCCAGUAAAAAGCUGCUUAAUCAAGAAUCUUUUUUAACUUAAAAAAAUGAGUUUGUGUUCCUUACAAUUUUCAAUGAAAUCUGUUUCAACAAUUUUUUUUAGCUAAAAUAACUUAUUGCAUUACAGUGCAUGCGUACGCCUUCUCCCACCUUUUCCCAAGUAGUAUUUAUAAAAGAAGAACGUGCCGUGAGAAUGUGUGCACCUCAUGCAUGCUUCAGAGCAGGCAAACACAAAGUAUUCAAGAACUAACUGCGGGUAACAUAAUGGUGGACAUGAGAUAUAGGUUGAAUGAUGUUUAUUCUACACGGUGUUCUGUACAAUGUUAAUCAGAGGUGCAUUUAUAAACCUAUUUAUGAGUGAUACAUUUUAUCUUAUCUUUUUACUUUUAUUCACCAUCAUCUCCCAUUAAUGAUCCUGAAGUGUGAAUCACGUUGUAAAGUUUGUUUCAAUGUGAGCUGCAUAGAUUAGUCCUUGAUCAUCCUUAUGACGUUAACAAUAAUGAUUGAAAUAUUACCCCGAUGAUGGUUUACAGGUACCUGUGAUAGAUUAGUGGUACGGGAGAAAUAAACAGCCACAGACAGCUGUUCUGAUACUGUUGGAGAACUUUGCCAAAUGCAUCACGUUUUCUUCUUUGCCAUCCCUCUCAUUGACAGGUCUAAUGAGUUGUGGAGCCAAGGGUGUUUCUAUAUUUAUUUAUGGGAGUGGAACUGAAGCUUGUUUUCACAGUGAUUGAGAUUAAUAAACAGAAUCAGGCGUGCAUUGGGCUGUGCAUAUCGUAGUUUUAUGCAUCUGGCCCAGGACUCAUACUGUAUGAUAGCCUCUUAUUUGAGAAAGGCUGCUCAGAGCUCAGUUGUAUUACAGCUAUGAAAGCUGUGUUGUGAUUGGUUAAGAGCGUAUUUAUGAUUCACCACACCCUCUGAUCUAUAUUCACCUUCGCUCUGCCCGUCUACACUUUGUGCUGCUGCAAAUACAUGAACCACAACAGCAGGUACAGACCCCCACGCAGUCUCUGCACUGGUUGUUGCAAUUGCAACACUGAAAUAGUGCCCUGAUGGUGUUGUACAUCAUUAACAACUCAAUAUAUGUACAUAUAGGACAGCAGGACAGAGAACAUGUUAACAAUUAACUGGUUAAUAUUUGCAAUACUUUAUUUUUGAUUUCUUAAAAAAAUAUUUUUAUUUUUUCACAAAAUCAGCUGUCAAACAAUAAUCAUGAAUCAUCGUAUUGGUUAAAUUCAAGGUUUAAAAUUGUAUAUUGUUUUGUUUUUUUAAUAUAUAUAUUUAAUAUGUAAGAGAAAUGGGACAUUUGGUUCCAUAACACACAUUACUGAAAAAAGGUGGUUAGUUCUACUAUAUUGUUCGUCAAAGAUAUAGCAUUUAAAGUCUGAUAUUUAUGGAGACACAAUUCCUGUGAAUCAAAUAUAUCAUUAUUCUGAUUUCUAAACUAAUUUCAGAAACUAUAAAAGGAUGGGGAUGUAGGUACACUGAUUUUUUUUAUAUGAAGAUUUUCACACUAAAUGUAAUAAUCAGUACCCUGCCCUCUAGCCAAACAAACUCCAAUCACGUACAGACACACAUGCACACACACACACACUAUCAACCAUCAGGGAGUAGGGGUCAAAAUAAGGAAAUUCCUGUCAUGUUUGAACAGUGCAGUGCAGUAUGGGACACAGAGGCACACGCAGUGUUUUUAUUUUCUUAUCUGGGUCAUAUAAACCUGUGUGUGUGAGACCAGCUCUUUGUUGUGGAGCUCUGGGGGUAUUGCCUUACAGUCAGAAAUGUUGGCUGACUUUAGUCACACACUGCGCUCUUUCUUCACUCUUGUUUCACUUUCUGCUCCCAAUUACACCCAAAUAUUUUCGGUCUGUCAGACUGAAUCAGUGUCACAUGAUGUUUACAAAAUAAUAUCAGCUAUAUUACAUACAACUUGGCCUUGGGUGAUUCCAGCCUGCCCUGAGUACUUAUAUACUUUAUAUGCUAUAGUAUAUUAUUCAUCAGAAAUCCCAAUAUCCUAAUAGAAAUAUACAGAGCUUCAUAGCCUGCUUGACAGUCCAAAUGCUCUUUCAGUGCUAUGUUGGUCUUAUCCUGCUCAGGGCAGUUCUUGUGCCCCAGAGGAGGUAGAAAUAAACCCUGAUUCUUAAAGCAAACCUUAUAGAUACUAAAGCCAUUUAAUGCACUGAAAGAACUAUGACUUUUAAUUUGUUAAGUGCAACUGUUAUGAAUAAAUUAUACACACUUAUUAACCAGGGAUUCAAACAGGGCUGGAGUCAUGCUUACUGGUAGGUAACUUUUAUAAAAAUAACUUUUUGAGACAGAUAAUGUGUGAAAAAAUGUGGUCCUCCCUGCUCCUCCUAGUGCUCCUAAUGGCAUUUUUAAGAAUCAACCAUACCUGUAUGAAAACAACCAAUCAGAGCCGAGAAAGAUAUAAAGACACUUUGGAUUGGAGGCUUGAAGAUAGUUGAUUGUUGAGUGUCAUUCCCAGCGUCUGUGUUUGAUAACCUGAGAACGAAACUCAACAACUAUCAGCUGUAUUUCUCAGCUCUGAUUGGUUGAUUUGUUCAGGCCGGCUGGAUUCUUUUAAAUGCCAUUAGGAGCACUGGGAGGAGCCAGAGGAACCUGUUUUUUUCACAAUUAUCUGUCUCAUGUGCUACUGUCAGGAUAUAGUGAAAGUUUCAGCAAAUAUGACAAAAAGUUAUUUUUAUAAAAGUUACCUACUGCAGCUUUAAGCAUUCCUGCUACAGGCUAUUUGACCUUUUUCACUGCAGCCAUUUUGACAUUAAAUAGUAAGGUAAACACAGAUCAAACAUUUUACCUGAUACCCCUUUCUUAACUGGAGAUGUGAACACUUGUCACACCCUGUUGGACCCAUUUAUAUGAGACAGCUAUCACAGUUGAAUUGUUGUUGUUCCAUGUAUUUCACUGCUAAGCCAUAAAAUUACACAAAAUCACAUUAAUUCAUGUCCAAAUGAAAGCUUUCAUUGGUUGUAUUUUCCUGUAGCAGUCCCACCCCUUUUUGCUCUGUGCUCCGAUAACAGUUGAGCAAGCCUCAGUCAGAACCGUUGACAGUAUAUACCUCGUUCAACUUCAUCCUUUCCUGUACUUAGAUAUGCUAUGUGCUAAGCUAAUCUAACUUGGGAAGAGUUAUAUUCCAGUCCUACCCCACAAAUGAAGUAUCAGUAAGAAUUCAAAUGUGAAUUGUUAUCUAGAAAAUGAUGUGCUGGGUUUGGAAAUGAAACCUUUAACACCAAAUCAAGUUAAAUCCACUCAGCAGGUAAUAUAGUCCAGCUAACAAACAGCUAGAUGAGUUUUAAGGAAAGCACUUGAUUUAUUAUCCAACAGACAGGAAAGAUAAAUCAAGUGCACCUAAACUGAAUAUAUUUUGUCAAAAUUUGAUAUCAACAACUGCUUAAUGCACACACAAAACACAAUGGCAUUUUUUUCAUUUUAAUGUAUGUUACUUAGUAUAAAUGUAAAAUGAUGAAACAAUAGAGUUUUUCAUUAACCGGGAGAAGUUUUUAUGUAAGAGAACAUUUUAUAACGUGUAAAAUAUGGAGAGUAUUUUUCUUAUUCUUGUACUUUUAAAUUGUAUGUGAGAGGAGACGGGUGGCUGAGAUGAAAGGUGUGUUUGGUAGGCUGUUGCUGAAUGUGUUAACAUGCACACAACAUUCUGUUUGUGUAGCAAAUGUUGCUUUAGUAGCUUAAUUAAAGAUGAAGGACGUCUUUUUCAGAGACGGGUAUUUCUAAAUUACAGUUAAACUUCAACUUUGGUUUGAUUUGUAAUGAAUGCAUGUCUAACUGUUCCAUCAUAAUGAUGGACAUCCUAGAAUAUAUUCCCCAAAAUGAAGUACCAUUGGUGUUCAUGUCAGCACAGUCAUUCCAAGGUUUACAUGUUAGGAGCUUAUCAUGGCUUAUGACUUUAUCCAUAAUUGUAUAGAUCAUUUAUCCUUGCUGUUCUAUGAUUGACACUCUGUGUCCCGACCAACGUGUGGAAUAAUGGAGACAAACACUGAGCUACUGAUAAUAGUGAGCAACCUAAACAAAAAUCAACAGGAGCAGACCACCACUGUGUGGCAGUGUUGGCAGUUUGAUUUAUUGUAAAUGUAAGUGUUUGUUAAUGUGCACCACUAGUGUACAGUAUUAACUGAAAUGCAUUUGUACCUGUAACAUUUCAGUUGAUUUUGUGCUAACAUGGGGGACAUUCUCUAGUGAAUCUGUGUGUAGUCACUGCACACCAGGAUUAAAGAAACAGUCCAAUAUUCUUACCCAGAGUCAGAUGAACAGAUCAGUGUAUUUCUGUGUGGAAAGUACACGGAUCCAGGGCAUGCUAUCCUAGCUUAGCACAAAUAAUAGAACAGGGAGGAAACUGCUAACCUAGCUCUUACUCCGUCUGACUCUAAAGUGGUUAUAUUUGUGCAAAUAACCAACCACAGUCAGGUGUUUUACAGUAGUUAAGAUAUUUGUUCAAAAAAGCCAAAUGUAAAAUCGUUUUGAUAUUGCUGAUUUGGAAGCAGCCUGAUUUUAAUUAUGUCAAUAAUGUAUUGUGGGAAACUGAUUCUGGAUCUGUCAUAAAUGAUCCAGUCUCAAAUCUUAUGUCACUGUCAUAAACUCGUUCAUUGUGUCAAACCCUUCGCUGUGGUUCCUGAUACACAAACACUACACCUGUAACCUAUUUGCUUCCACACCUGGAUGCAUAGUGUGUCCUGCACUGUGGCAGAGACCUUCAACACACAAAAAACAAAACAAAGAAAGGCUGAUCUUGCUGAUCCAAGCUACAUUAUGUAGGGCCUAAAUCAGACAUAUUUGAUGUAGCUAGUACUCAGCCCCCCUGCUUUCAUACUUUAUGCUAAGCUAGGCAUACUGGACCUAACUCUGUAAUGGCCACGAAGAGGUGAAACUGAUACUGAUCUUCUUAUCUGACUCUAGAUAAGAGCACAGACAGGCAUGGUACAUGUAAAAAACAUACAAAAAUGGUUGAACUGUAUAAAAGAAGGAAGAACCCACUACUACAGCCUUUGUUGUGAUAAGAAAGAUUCGAGGCUCGAGCCAGUAUGAGCCUCUAACCGACACUGCUGAUGUCCGAAUGAACAGAAAUCUGUGUGUGCGAUGAUCAUGUUGCCAAACCCCUCAAUGUCACAUCACUGUUGAACUCUGAAUGCAGCCCAAUUACAUCCUGAUAACGGGUCAGCUCGAAGACCUCUCCGAUGGUUGUGUGGUUAAGCAAAAAAUUACCCUGACUGUACACGCUUUUAGAAAACAAAGGAAGUGCCUUUUCCAGUAAGGAUACUUGUGUUUAAUUGGAUGUCAUGUCCUGCGUGCUGAUGAGGUGAAACAGCUCGGUGCAGCAGGUUGUCAGAGGAUGGAGGACAGCAGGACUCAUCUGCAGGGUUAGAGUGUGUGAACCUGCACUGAACACACAGCCGGUUUCUAUAGGAGUCUGUAACUAAACUGUGAAUGUCAUUUGGAGAUGAAAUAAGAUGAUUAUCAUAAAUAAAGUAUUAUAAAAAGGCAUAAA